AUGAAAAUAAUAUUGUUGUUUUUUCUAAUCAUUGCUGCAAUGGUGACUUAUGCGAGUGCAAGAGGAGGAGGUGGCGGACGUGGUGGUGGUUUUGGAGGAGGUGGCGGUCGUGGUGGUGGCUUUGGAGGAGGUGGAGGUCGUGGUGGUGGCUUUGGUGGAGGUGGAAGAGGUGGUUUUGGUGGUGGAGGCAGAGGAUUUGGUGGAGGGCGUGGUGGGUUUGGAGGUGGAAGAGGAUUUGGAGGAGGGAGAGGAUAUGGUGGGGGUGUUCCUUUCUUCGGAGGUGGUGGUGGAGGUUUUGUACCCCCAUUUCGUCGACCCUACUUUUAG